UCAGCGCCAAGUGGCCCUCCGAUGAACAUCACUUACAGACUGUCAGAAACAGAUUUGAUUUUUAACUGGAAGGAGCCUAGCGAGGAUAAAAAGAAUGGAGUUAUUAUAAAAUACCGUUAUAAACUGUACGAGGGCAAAUCAUCUACUGGUACCAUGAUGAGAGAUGCUUUGACAACAAACCGCAGAAUGAUUUUCCAAGAAUGGGAGGCAAAUAAAUUCUAUACAUUGCGUAUUAGGGCGUACACAAUAAAGGGCGAUGGACCAUGGAGUAAUGAUUUCAUUGUGUUAACUACACCGCCUUCGAGUACACAGAGCCCGGCUCUACCGACAAGAUCAGGUGAAAUAGGCUUGCCACUGACGCCUGAAACAGUCAUUACUGACACGCAAAAAAACACCAAUUCUAGCCUGCAGGACAGAUUAGGAAUUAUCGUUGCUGCAGUUAUUGUCUGCAUUAUUUUUGCUGUUAUUAUUAUUGGUCUGAUGUUGUGGACAUUAAACAUGCGCAAAUCACGUCGUAAUAAUGACGACUUACCAAGGAUCACCUUACAACAACUAUUGAGAGAAAGAAUGCUAUCCAACGAAACUGUGGUGGCACAACGCUCCCCGGGAAUUGUCACCCCUGGUAUGUUUACAUUUUCAAGUACGGGGUCACCGCCCCUAUCACCAGGUCCAAUGUCACCAACAUGCAAAAGCCCGUUGCCGAUACUAUCACCCCAGGCAGAGUACUACAAGAUCCCUUGGGAAAAUAUGAUACUGGAGAACUUUUUGAUUGCUGAAGGAAACUUUGGUCAAGUUAUGAAAGGAGUGGUAAAGAAGGAAGGAGCUGCAAUACAGGCAGCUGUAAAAAUGUUGAAAGAAGGUGCGACCGACAAUGACAGGCGAGAUUUCUUCGGAGAGCUGAUGAUAAUGGCAAAAGUAGGCUACCAUCCGAAUAUCGUCAACCUUAUUGGAGCAUCUGAAUAUCAAGGAAUAUUGUACGUGGCCACAGAAUUUGCAGAAUAUGGAAACUUGCUAAACUACUUACGGAGAAGUCGGUGUCUGGAAACUGACCCAACUUACGCAAAUAAAACAAACUUAGCUUCGACUCUUUCAUCAGAGAACCUGCUCCAGAUCGCAGCAGAUGUUAGUCUUGGAAUGAAACAUCUGUCAGAGAAGGGGUGCGUACAUCGCGACUUGGCUGCAAGAAAUAUUCUACUAUGCAAUGCUGACUGUGGCCAGAUCGUGGCUAAGGUGACGGAUUUCGGUCUAUCAAGAAGUGAGGAAGUUUACGUAAAAACCACAGCAGUGAGUUAUAUUUAUUAGGCCUAAGAUACUUAUGUGAAUUUAUGUUUUGAGAUUGGUCGAUUUCGAUAUCCGAAUGAUUUAUAUUUUAGCCCUAUACCGGAUUUCUUAUAUAUUCUUUUUUAAAUAAGAAUAUAGCGUCAUAUUUAUAUACAAAGAAAUAUAU